AAUCAUCUCUCUCUCUCCUCUCUCUAUCAUCAUCGUCACUACAACCUUAAAUGACAUAACAUCAUGGCUGCUCAGCUUGGUCUUUUCUCCGUGUCUUAUCAGCUUCAAAAUUUGGUUGAAUCUCAACAACAGCACUACUUGCAGCCACCACCACCGCCGCCGAGCGCCGGCGCCACCACCGGGUAUUGGAUGCGGAAUAUGAAGAACGCCGCCGCCGCCGUGGCGGAGGAUGAGGAUUCGUGGGAAAUUAGGGCUUUUGCUGAGGACACGGGGAAUAAUGCCACGUGGCCGCCGAGGUCUUACACGUGCACUUUUUGCCGGCGGGAGUUUCGCUCCGCCCAAGCCCUCGGCGGCCACAUGAACGUCCACCGCCGUGACCGCGCGCGUCUCCACCACGCGCCUCCGCGGCCGAGCGUCGUCCCCCCACAUUUCCCCUCUCCGUCCGCCGCCCUCUUCCCGCCUCAAGAAAUCGUCGCAAAUGCCAGCCUCUGCCUCCUCUACUCCCUCCCAAACCCUAAUGCCGCCGCCGCCUUCUCCCCCGCCGCCGUCAAGCCCUGCAACGUCAAUUCCUCGCCGACCCUCCUCUCCAUUUCACCUUUCGCGACGACCCACAACUUGCCCUCCCUUAAUAUCCCGGCCACAACUCAGUUCAUCACCGCUUCGUCGUUAAAAGUCCCAGCAGAAUCGUCACAAACAGCCUCAAAUAAUUACAGUAAUAAUGGGACAAGGAAGAGGGAAGCCGCCAUUGAAGAACAGCUCGAGCUAGAUCUCGAGCUUCGACUAGGACGAGGAUCAUCUUCAUCUUCAUCAUCACCACCACCAUGACAGGCAAAUAAUACAAAUAAUAAUCUCCAUGUGUGACGAUUUUCAUUUUUUUACCCUUUUUUUGCGACAAUAUAUCACUUAUGCUUCUUUUUGGCUUACAUAGGUUGAUUAAUUCAUUUCAAGUGUGAAUUGGGAUUGAAAUUCUGAGUGUUUUACUUUGUAAAUUGAGAGAAAAGAAGGUUUAAUUACUAAGUUUAGUCAUAAUAAUAAUGAUUAAUGGAAUAACAUCUCACUUUUUAAUUUUAAUCUU